CAGCACGGACAUCGUUUAUCGAGUAACCAAAAACAGCGUAUCUGCAACUCAAACCAUCACUCAUGUCCAAGUUUCAGCAAGUUACUCGUCAAGAAGUGGCCUCUCACAACACUCCAAAAAACGCAUGGAUUAUCAUCGACUCGUUAGUCUACGAUAUCACCAACUUUGCUGCACUUCAUCCUGGUGGUGAACAUAUUAUCUUGGAAGUUGCUGGAAAAGAUGCAACCAAGGAGUUUUAUUCAUUCCAUCGUCAUGAAGUGCUUGCCAAGUAUCCACGAAUCUUGAUUGGUGGAAUUGUAAACGAAAAGCCUCAGAUCGUAGUUGGUACGAGUGAUAUCAGCAAGGUUCCAUAUGGAGAACCUAGUUAUAUGCAAGGAUUCCAUUCAGCAUAUUUCAAUGAUUCGCAUCGUAAAUUCCAGCAAGCUGUUCGAAAGUUUGUUCGAGAAGAAAUUGCUCCGGAGAGUUCUAUGUUUGAAAAUAUGGGUAAACCAGCAUCUGUAGAAACAUUCAAGAAAAUGGGUCAGUUUGGAUAUCUGGCAUCUCGAAUUGGACCAGGGGAGCAUCUCAAAGCAUUUACACUUCCAGGAGGAGUAAAGCCUGAAGAGUUUGAUUAUUUCCAUGAAAUGAUUAUUCAUGAAGAAAUAUCCGCCCUAUCAAUGCGUGGCUAUACUGAUUCUUUAGGAACGGGGAUGGUUAUUGGGCUUCCACCAGUGAUUUACUUUGGCAGUGACUCGCUCAAGCAAAAAGUAAUUGGACCAGUGCUUCGUGGUGAAAAACGAAUCUGUUUAUCCAUUACAGAACCAGGUGCCGGGAGCGAUGUCGCAGCAAUCAAGACCACGGCAGUCAAAACUCCUGAUGGAAAGUUUUAUAUUGUAAAUGGCACCAAAAAGUGGAUCACCAAUGGUGCUCAGUCGGACUAUUUUUCGACAGCUGUUCGUACAGGAGAUGGACCAGGAGGCAUUUCGAUGCUUUUAGUUGAACGUGCAGAUGGUUUAGAAACCAAAACAAUCAAAACGAGUUACUCGAGUUCAGCAGGCACGUCCUAUGUGAUCAUGGAGAAUCUCAAGGUUCCAGUCGAAAAUCUUCUUGGAAAAGAAGGUGACGGGUUCCAAGUCAUCAUGUAUAAUUUUAAUCAUGAGCGAUGGGUGAUUGCUUGUAGUAUUUUACGUUCAAGCCGAGUUGUUGUUGAAGAAUGCUUUAAAUGGUCACAUCAACGCAUGGUGUUUGGAAAACGGCUUAUUGAUCAGCCAGUGAUCCGUAACAAACUUGCUCAUAUGAUAGCAGAAGUAGAGGCAACACAAAACUGGCUUGAAAACAUCACGUAUCAAAUGAACAAAAUGUCGUACAAGGACCAAGCCAAUAAAUUGGCAGGACCGAUUGCGCUCUUGAAGCUACAAUGCACUCGUGUGGCCCAUAACAUCAGUGACCAAGCAUGCCAGAUUUUUGGUGGACGUGGAAUUACCAAGACGGGUAUGGGACAUAUAAUCGAGUCAUUCCAGCGCACGUACAAAUUUGCAGCGAUUCUUGGAGGAAGUGAAGAGAUUAUGGCAGAUCUUGGAGUACGCCAAGCAAUGCGCAUGUUUCCAAAGAAUGCCAGGCUUUGAGGUUACAACUGUAUUGACGCAGAAUGAUAUACUAAGUAAGGGUAUAAUAAACAGUCUGGUGAAGUGAUUGUCAAGAUUGUCAAGUUGAAUUGCACGACUAUUGACAAAAGGAAUGAGAACGGAGAGAAAUGCACAAAUCUUAUAUUUUAAUUACAAAUAAAUAUUUGAAAUGUGUUUCAAU